AUGAGACAACUCUACACAUUUAAACUACAAGUCACCGCUAAAUCUCAGGCUCGCCAAGAUGUCUUCAGGUCUGCAGGUACUAUUGUAGAGACAGCUAUCCUCCAACAUUCAGACCCAUCCCAACCAGCAGGUAGCAGAGUCAAGCAGUCAAAUCUUGUUCGUGUUGUUCAGAGAACCAAACAGAAACUACGUCCAGAUGAACCACAUGAUCUUGAAUUUGAGUUGGACCUUGACUUUAUCCCACCUGGCUUUCUGCAACGUGACAUCCAUGUUGACUCCAAGAGACACCUGCUAUUCGCAACUACUGCCCAGCUGACAGUUUUAGAGAAAGCCCAGCGUUGGUUUAUAGAUGGUACCUUCAAGAUCGUUGCCGCACCAUUCUAUCAACUACUAUCCAUCCACGCCUUCAUAACAGCAAACAACUGUACAAAGAGUGUGCCUCUUGCAUUUAUUGUCAUGUCCAGACAAUGCAAGAUUGAUUACAUACCAGUCUUCCAAGCUCUGAAAGAUCUUCUACCACAGAGUGCAGUCCGUGGGUUCGUAGCUGACUUUGAGAGUGGUGUGUGGCAGGCCCUGAAGGAGGUAUUUCCAGGCAUGAUGAUCAACGGUUGUCUUUUCCACUUCACACAGGCUGUCUUUAGACAUGUCCAGUUUCUUGGUUUGCAGCCUGCCUACCGCCAGCAAGACUGUAUUUUUAAGUAUGUCCGCAAGCUGAUGGCGUUGCCUUUCCUGCCUGCAGAUCACAUCAGACCAGCUUUCAGGCGCCUGAAAGACCUUCAGACCGACCCACUUCAGCGUCUUGUUACGUAUGUAGAAGACACGUGGAUCAAGAGUACCGUUUGGCCCGUGGAAUCUUGGACAGUCUUCAGCCAGCCAACACGUACAAACAACGAUGUGGAGGGGUGGCAUCGCCGCAUCAACAAGAAGUCAUCAGAAGAAAAGAAGCCCUUCUACUUACUACUUCCAAAACUGAAAGAAGAAGCCGAACUUUUACCCAAUCAGCUGAAGAUGGUUUCAGAGUGUAAGUUGACACGUCAACAGCGAUCUACUUCCAAGUUUCUACAAGCCAAGUAUUUCCAGUUGUGGGACCAGUACAGAGACGGGGAUUUAACCGCAAGUCAACUUGUCCGAAUGUGUGGUUUGUUGAACGGUCCGUCUGCGGAUUAAAAGACAUUUCGUUUUCCGAAUGAACACCGCUCAGUGGUUAAUUAUGUGAUUGAACAGUAUUGAACAUUUAUUGAACAUGUAAACUUUUUGAG